AUGCCUCCCAGGACCACCUCGAUCUUGGAGCUGAUGUCUUGGGCGCUCGCCCUCCUGGGCCCAGCCUGCUCGCAGACGGUCGAGCUGCUGCAGGAGGCCGCCGAGGGCCAGCUCCGGCCCGCCGCCUCCUCUCCGGCCGGCCUGGCCGCAGCCCCGGCCCGCCCUCGCCCGCAGCCCCCGGCGCUCCGCUCCCCGGUGUACAUGCUGCAGCUGUACCGGGCCCUCGUCGUGGGCGGCCCCCCGAGCCAGCCCAGCGCAGAAGCCUCCGCCUGGAGAGAAUCCGACACCAUCCUCAGCCUGGGGGCGCGACGUAAGUCCUGCUCCUUGCCUCGGUUGACCCCUUUCCGUCCCCCGCACCGGCACAAAAAGCCUCCCCUCACCCCUUUCCAUUUUGAGUUACUUCCAUUCUGAUUUCCUGCCCAGGGUUUGUAAGGACAUCCUUGAUGGAUGGAUGGAUGGAUGGAUGCUUAUCAGCAUCCCUGGGUGGUGGUCCUUCUGGCCUUAAGUCAACCCGCCUCCCGCCUCUCCUUCCCGGGUUUCUUUUUGUGGAUUGUGGCCCCAGACGUCUGCAACGGAGGGAGCCCCCCAAGAGAGAGAUGCAAUCCACAUCCCCUUUCCCUUACUACUAAGGACAUCUGGCAGGAACCAGAUGGGAAAGCGGGGAGGGGAAAGAAGCGAGGCUGGGGGUGUCGCAUGAUGCCCAGGAAGGGUGCAGCUAGAGGUUGCCACGCUCCAGAAGCUGCCUUACACUCGGGGAGGAGUGAGGCACCUGGAAAUGGCCAGCGGAGGAGAAAGCGGCGUCUCAACUUUCCCUGGAAGGGUAUUGGGAGAUGCUAUUGUCUGAGCUGCAUUCAAAGAAAGGGAAAACAGGUGGAGAGAGACGGGUGGGGGUGGAAGAACAGAUUUCGGUGUACAGACUUGACUGUUCUCCCAUUAUGGCUGUGUGUGUUCUGUCUGAUCCAGCUGCACACUUUGCUGUGUCCGUGGAUGUUUAUGGGGUUCAGGAACUCUAGAAUACAUUUAUACACCAUGGCUGGUUUUUAUUCUAGGGAUUAGAAACACCACUUAUUUACACUGUACCCACGUAGGACCAUAGGAAGCUGCCUUUUAUCAGGUCAAAUUAAUUGUGCAUUCAGCCCAAUAUCGUCUACACUGGCAGCAGCCAACCCUCACCUCCCCCCUCAACCCCUGGAGCAUGUUUGCAAAUGAUGGGCAACAGUCAUGGCCUCUGCGGUGGCGAAUUUGUCUUCCUUUUCUUGCUUUUCCAUUUCAGCUUUUUGAGUUGGACUAUAAUUUUAUACAGUCAAUACCAACUGUUUCCCCUUGGUCUUUUGUUAGCACUUCAAAAGCAGAAAGGUACUUUUUAAAUGUCCUAAUUAGUUAUCAACACUUUCAAAGAGUGGGCAUCAAAGGGUCUAUGGGUGUGAGGAGUACAAUGAAAUUUAAUGAGCUACGUGCCUUUAGUCUUUGAACUUCCAUAACCCAAUCAACCACUUAACUAGCUGAUGCAAUGAGUUAAUAGCUGUCUUCAAGACAGCAGGGCCAGGGGAAGAUAAAAUGGACAGCUGGAGCCUGUGCAGCUAAUCUGAAAGUGAUGUUGUUAGGGACACACAUUAAGGAGAGUAAGGAUUCUAAGAUACCCAUAUCUUAGAAAUGGAGAAUUAUAAUACUCAGCUGUUGUAUAUGCAGAUGAGCCUCAGGGUCCCUUCCAACUCUACAAUUUUAUUAUUCUAUAUACAGUACCACUCUAGUUUUCAACAGCCAUUCAUAUAAGCUGCCCUGUAAUACUUACAACAACGCUGUGAGGGAGGCCAGUAUUUUCCCCGUAUUGCAGAUGGGGGGGGAGGUUCCUGGGGAGGUGAGCUGAAGCAGAUAGAUGUGGCUUCAUUAAGGAAAUUACUAAUUCAUAUCCCACUUUCUUUGCCACCAUAAAAACCAGCUUCAUGGUACCUGGAUGUAAAGGCUAGAUUUUUCUUCAAAAUAAUUGAGUUCACUUAGCACUCAUUGAUAUUAAUGGAGUUCAGAUAAUUUCCUGAGCAUCUAAGCUUCGUUUAUGUGUCUGUUAAUUUUCUAUGGUCUUUCUUUCUCAGCAAGAAAGUGAAGUAUUUUUAUUACUAAUUUUUAGUAAUUAAUACAUUAAUAUCCUGCCUUCCCUCCAAGGAACUCAAGGUUUCAUCGCCCCAUUAUUUCCUCACAUCAAUUGUGUGUGGUAGGUUAGGCUGAGAGAUAGUAACUGGCCCAAAGUCACCCAGUGCACUUCCUGCCUGCGUGGGGAUUUGAACCCUCAUAUCCCAGAUUGUAGUCUAACUGCUACACCAUGCUGGCUCAUAUCCUAUUCUUCUAGAUAUGUUCCUGGCUGCUCCUGGAAAUCCCCUCUUCCCAGUUUGAGAACAGCUCAGUCACUGCUACGCUCAACAAUAUACCAAGAAUUACAGGUCCAUUUCAAAUUUACCAUUGUAAGAACAAAGCUUAUUUGAUUUGUCUAUCUAGCUUAUUGUUAUCUACUUUGACUUGUAGCAGCUUUUGAGGGAGAGGAUCUUUUCAGAUCACCUGCUGCAUAAUUCUUCUAACUGGAGAUGCCAAUGACUGAAUUAUAUGCCAAAACAAAAUGCUUAACCAAUGUGCUGUAGUCCCCCUCAGUUCUCUUGGACCCCUGUUACUCACUUGUUUGUGCUGUUUUUUUCUUUAAUAAUAAUAUGACAACCCCCCCCCCUUUUUAAAGAAUAAGCUGAAAGACUCCAGGGAAAAGUGGGUGGGUAGCUUAGUGGCAUGAGAGGUGCUAGCCAAUCAGUACUGCACACAGGCAAGUUCAGCUGCAACAGACAGAAGUUCAGAGGAAAAUUUUUGAGUGAAGAAAAUGCUCUUGCAAUGGGGGGCACAGUUCUAUCCUGGCCUUCAUAGAUGCUGUUUUAUUUUCCCACCCCAUGUCCUCUUGUCCUGCCCUCUUCCCAAUACUGCUUUUGAGAGUCUUAGAGUUAAGAACCUUUAAUAUUUAAUGGUGUUCCUUUGUUCCAUUCAUCCCAACCAGUGCCAUUCUUCUGCCUUCCAGAUUAUUUCCAGUUUGAGGACCACUGGGACUUCUCUUUUGACUUGACCUCCAUUUCCAGCAGCUCUGAUGUGAGGCUGGCAGAGUUCCGGGUCUGCCUGACGUCUUUCCCCCAGUACAGGAGUGUCACUUUGAACAUCUACCACAGCCAUGAGCGCACCUGUCAUGGGAACCAGACCUGCACAGACAAGAUCUUCCUUGGUUCUUUCAUUAGCAGGAACUCCAGCCACUCCUCCUGGAAAGUCUUCAAUGCCACCAGCAUACUCCGCUUCUGGCUCCAUCAAGGGGUAUCAUUUGGCAUGGGUGCUCCAGAUGAUCAGGAUCGGCACUGGGUGGAGGAGAACCUAUCUCAGGACAAUGAGGGAAGAGUAGCCGGUGGGUUCCAGGGAAAAUGUGGGUGCAAUGAUGAUCAACAGGCCCACGUAUUGACCCAUAGCAUGACUGACAGAGUCCUACUGGUUAUCUUCUCCAAAGAUAAGGAACUGGUGGAGCCUUCUCAAGGCCCAAGUCUCAUCAGGACGGUGGAGAUGUCCAAGUAUAUCAUGAUGGACAACACUUUCAAGGAGACUGGGGGCCGGCGGCACCGGCGGAACAGGAAGCAGAAGCAAAGGAUUAAAGCGGCUAAUAUUUCCACCGCCAACUUUGGCAAAGAAGGGAGAUCUCUGUGCAGGAGGGUAGAUAUGAUUGUGGACUUUGAGCAGACUGGCUUCGGAAGUUGGAUUGUGCACCCCAAGAAAUACAAUGCCUACCGGUGUGAGGGAGAGUGCCCGUUGCCUGUUGAUGAGACCUUCAAGCCAACAAAUCAUGCAUAUAUUCAGGUUUGUCUUUAUGUUUGCAUUUUAGGGGUCUUGGAAACGAGAAACUGGGUCCAAUGCAGUAUAUCCAACUGCACAGUCCAGUCUUAUAUGCUUUAUAAACAGCACAUUAAGAAUGGUGGAAAGUGAAGCCCAUAUCUAUACACCUGCAAAAACCUUUCUUUUUCUCCUAUCCAUUAGUUGCUUGUAUGCUCAGCUCUUAGUUCUGUAUAGAACAAUGCAUUAACUAACACUGGGGAUCAUUUAUGUAUAAAUACUGGUGAUGAUGAAGAGAAAGAAAAGGGCAUGAGGAGUCAGGAUAUUGAUCCAUGUAGCUCAGUAUUACUGGCACUAACUGGCAGUGGUAUAAUUUUAAAAGAUCAUAAGGACAGCUGAGGCAAUAGGUAGCAUCAGUGCUUUUUUCUGGGGGUAUUAAGGGGUACACAUACCCCUAAACAUUUUGUGAAUCUAAGUAUGGCCUCAUUGAGGAGCAGUAUUUCAAUAUGAGUAGGAUAAGGAAAGUACCCCUAAACAUUUUUUUUAAGGAAAAAAGCAGUGGGUAGCAUCAUUUUAAAAAGCCAUCAGUUACUAAUCUGCAGGGCUGAGGGGGCAUGACUAGUCCCACCCUAGGGCUUCCUCCAGGGGGACCAUAAGAAGGAGGCCUUAUCCCACCAAGAAUUUCAGCGACUGACAUAGCACUGGGCUACGAUUGUGUCCUAAGGCUCUGACUGUUUCUCUCCCCACCCCAUAAGGAAAUGUCAGUCCUGUUUUAUUCCCCUACUGGCUUUUUGGGAUGAAUUGUUAACAUUUUUGUUGUUGUUUAGUCAUUUAGUCAUGUCCAACUCUUCGUGACCCCAUGGACCAGAGCACGCCAGGCACUCCUGUCUUCCACUGCCUCCCACAGUUUAGUCAAACUCAUGCUGGUAGCUUCGAGAACACUGUCCAACCAUCUCGUCCUCUGUCGUCCCCUUCUCCUUGUGCCCUCCAUCUUUCCCAACAUCAGGGUCUUUUCCAGGAAGUCUUCUCUUCUCAUGAGGUGGCCAAAGUAUUGGAGCCUCAGCUUCAGGCUCUGUCCUUCCAGUGAGCACUCAGGCCUGAUUUCCUGUUAACAUGUUGUUAGUUAAUUACUGUUUUUCUCCAGCUCUCUCUAGAAGUUCAGGCUUUGGUCCUAAAUACUGUACAUUUACCUAAGUUCAGGCUGUCGGAACUGGGGAUGAAAAGCCAGCUGGCUCGGUCCCAGCUGGAGCGCCUCUCCUCUCAGCUGCUGCGGAGAUCCAUCGACCUCUGCUCCUCCGACAUUCGUCAGUGACUCAAGCUGCAGUGCAUACUUGAGCACACAUUACUCAGCAGUGUAAACUGCGCAACAGAAGAGGCGUAGAUACAAUACUAAGGCUAUGCAUUUAUUAUACAUAUAUCAGGACAAAGAAAACAUGGCUUCUCCCCUUGUCAGAGACUGAAAAACAAAAGCAAUACAGAGCGGAAGUUCUGCUCAGGCCAGCAACCUGUGCUGGAACGUAAACAGACAUGUGACAUGUAACAAUCCCACAUAUCUGCAGCAAAAGGUGGAACAGAAUUCCCAACACAGGCUCCACUGAACUCACUGGGGCUAACUUCUGCAUGGAUGUGGUACGGGAUUGCACUGCACAUCUCUGCCCCCAAGGCUAUUUGCCCCCAAAGGUGCCUUUUGGAGAGAAGACAAAAGCAUCUCUGGGAGCACAUAUAGCAGCGGGGGGGGGGGGUAUUUUGGUGUGGAAAUAGUGCGGGGGUGUUGAUCAGGACCUAUCAAUGCCAUAGGUCGCUCGACCCAAGGACCUAUCAAUGCCAUAUGUAGCUCGAUCCAAGAAGUCCACCCAUAACCGACACCUUCCUUACAUGAAGAGCUUCCUUGAUUUACCCUUUGAGCUUUCUCAGCAGCCUGCUAUGCUCACAGCUAAAGUGAGUGGGGUUUGGAAGACCUUCACUUUGACCAGUUCUUGCAGGCUGAGGAAGCUGUGGUCCUCCAGAUGGUGCUGGACUACAGCUCCCUUCACCCCUCACUGUUGGCUGUGCUGGCAGGGGCUGAUGGGAGUUGGAGUCCCAACAUCUAGAAGGUCACAAAUUCCUCGGCUUUGGUUUGAACAGAUUCCUCCACCCCCUGCUCAAUUCUAUAAAGAGGUUGUCACUGUUGAGGAAGAAAUUUCACUGGCUUUUUAAAAGCCUUGGAUUUUUAAUUUUUAAGCAACAACAUUCCAAGUGGGGGGAAAUUAAUGCUCCUUGUGAGCUCGUGCAUUCCUUGGCCCUGAAAUCCCCCCAAAUGGAGGUGUUUUGACCAAGCACAAGGCACAAGAAUGCCCUAGGCAGGCAUGGCCACAUCACCAGAGAGAGCUCCAAGUUAGCAGCUUGCUCUGAUAAUCUCUGGAGGCUGGAGCUCUGCCAAGGCUAUAUAUCCCUCUUGCGGCAGAGUGGCACUCCUUGGCUCCUUCCUGAAGUAUGGAGAGCCUUGAAGAGGAAGUCCUCCAGCCCUGUCAGCAAUCAGCAAGUUUCCUUUGGGUUCCUUCUUUGCUCUUGGGUUUCCUUGAUGUAGAAGAGGCUGGUCCCUCAGAAGAAACUAGCCUAGGGGGUGUUGUCUCUGGGGUUCCCAGUUUGGGGGCCUGUCACAAGCCCUCAAUAUCAGGGGCCUGGGUCAAAUCCCUUCCAUAGUUUAUUGCACUGGUCUUUUUGAUUGGGCUGGCCGCUCCUCCUCUUAGUCAAAUUCCAGACUUUUCUGUAUUUGGGGUGGGGUAGGGUAGGGUGUCACAAAAUAUUUGCACCAGAUUCUGCCGGGUCAUAAUUGGACAUGGUGGGACUGCACUGCUUACCUGGCUGCCCUCCAGCCGAGUUGCUCCUGCGUUCUGGAUGGAGAGAGGUGAGGCGGUGAGCUCAGUGCAGUGCAAACACAUCAUCAUAGACAAUCUGGCGCUCCAAUCUGCAAUUGCACUGCAGUGACCUCACCACCUCACUUGCCCCUCUCAGCUAGGGAGGCCAGGUAAGUGGUGUAGCCCCACUGCGCCCUGCCCUACUGCCCUUAACUAUACUGUGUCAGUUCUGGAUAUGAUGUUUUUCUCUUCCUUCUUUCCCUUUCAGAGCUUGCUGAAGUUAUACCAACCCAACCGGGUGCCUUGCCCAUCUUGUGCCCCGGUCAAAAUGAGCCCGCUGUCUAUGAUGUACUACGAGAAAGGGAAAGUGAGGGUCCGUCACCAUGACGACAUGAUCAUCGAGGAAUGUGGCUGCAACUGA